AUGAAUGAAAAGUUUAUUUGUAUUGGGACCAUAUAUAAUAGUUUUUUUUUUUUCUUUAACUGCUGGAUAGCAUAUUUAUUACUGAAUUAUGAGUAAUGUUGGAGUAAUUUAUUGUAGGAAGCUGUAGAAUGGAAGCACAAGAGCAAAGUAGCUGGGAAAAUGCAUGCUUGUGGGCAUGAUGCUCAUGUCGCCAUGCUUGUGGGUGCAGCCAAAAUAUUGAAGGCUCGAGAGCACUUUUUGAAGGGAACUGUGAUUCUGCUAUUCCAGCCAGCAGAGGAAGCAGGAAAUGGUGCUAAAAGAAUGAUGGGAGAUGGGGCACUGGAGAAUGUGGAGGCUAUAUUUGCAGUCCAUGUAUCCCAUGAGCACCCCACGGGUAUCAUUGGCUCAAGACCUGGUCCCCUACUCGCUGGCUGCGGCAUUUUCAGAGCCGUCGUCAGUGGAAAACAGGGCCGCGCUGGGAACCCUCACCACUCCGUUGACCCCGUUUUGGCUGCCUCGGCUGCUGUAAUUAGCUUACAGGGAAUCGUAUCCCGCGAGGCAAAUCCUCUCGACUCGCAGGUUGUGUCUGUAACCUCAUUCAAUGGGGGUAACAAUCUUGAUAUCACACCCGACACAGUGGUCAUUGGAGGUACCUUUAGGGCUUUCUCCAAUUCAAGUUUCUAUCAACUUCUUCAAAGGAUUGAAGAGGUGAUUGUGGAACAGGCCAGUGUUUUCAGAUGCACGGCAACAGUCGACUUCUUCGAAAAGGAGUCCACUAUCUACCCACCAACGGUCAAUGACGAUGAUAUGUACGGGCAUGUGAAGAACGUGGCAACUGAAUUGUUGGGUUCUUCAAAUUUCAGGGUGGUUCCACCCAUGAUGGGUGCCGAGGACUUCUCCUUUUAUUCAGAGGUGGUUCCUGCAGCCUUCUUCUACAUUGGCGUAAGGAAUGAGACACUAGGGUCGACGGUCACAGGCCACUCCCCCUACUUCAUGAUUGACGAAGAUGUUCUCCCCAUUGGUGCUGCAGUUCAUGCAGCGAUUGCAGAGAGAUACCUCAUUGAGCGUGGAUGAGUUGAGGGCUACGUCUCUUUGUUUAUCCUGCAAAACUGGGAUGCAGGAAGCUUCGAAUCUCAUGCAUGCUCUCUUCAUUUUGGUGUACCUGGGGGUGUGCACUAUUUUUCCACUGGUCAUGUAAAGGAUCCUCUGUAAACGGUAUUCUAAGUAGUAGAUUGCUUUCUACGAGUAUCAAAUUGCAUAAAACAGAAAUCACAGA